AUGUCCGAUGCCAAAGUGUCAGGUCCAAUGUUUUUGGGUUUUGGGUCAGCGGGUUUUGGGUGCAGGUUUAGCGGGUUAGCAGGAAUUGCGAUAGCGAAUGUCAGGAAAGCAAAAAAAGUGGUAAUAUUCGCAAUGUCAACAAAGAACUAUGAAAUAUCGGGUUUGACCACUAAGUAUUGGGAAACGGCUCCCUACUACUUGGAUGAUGAAAAAUACUCAAGGUCAGUCCAAUAUAUAUAUGAUGGGAAAACAUGUAAUGGCACUGGCUACAAUACAGGACAGAACAUGGAUAGGACAAGUGCACAGGAUUUUGGGUCGGCCAAUGCAGCCGAAAUGUCAGGUCCACUAGUCAAAGUGUCAGGUUUGAGCGGGUUGGCCUCAGGUUACAUUGGGGAAUGA